CGGAGCUCCUCAGAGCAGCGCUGCAGAGGAUGAGAUCACCUUGGGCCGCUGCGCUCGCGGACAGCAGAUGAGCCCCCCCCAACCCGCGCGCACACACACACACACACGCACGCACGCGCGCGCGCGCGCACACACACCUCCGCCACACUGAGCUCCCCGCGGUGCAAUUAAAGCACUUUUAUUUUUUUUUGCCUCUCUUUUUUGGGCUGUUUCGGGCUUCUCCCCCCCAGUUGAUCUGGUUGGAUCUACGCUGUUCCCAUCUGUGUUUUUUAUUUUUAUUUUUUACACUGAAAGAAGUGCUUUUUUUUUUCAUUUUGAAAGAGGCCGUCUUCUCAGGUCGAAUCUGGACUGCUUUGAAAACAUUUGGAAAUUGGUGAUAUUUUUGGGGUGACGGUACAAUGGCCACUUUACCGGGAACAGUACCGAGGAUGAUGAGACCAGCGCCGGGCCAGAACUACCCCCGCACCGGCUUCCCCCUCGAAGUGUCCACACCUCUGGGUCAAGGUCGUGUGAACCAGCUCGGGGGGGUCUUCAUCAACGGGAGACCCCUGCCCAACCACAUCCGACACAAGAUCGUGGAGAUGGCCCACCACGGGAUCCGCCCGUGCGUCAUCUCGCGCCAGCUGCGCGUCUCCCACGGCUGCGUGUCCAAAAUCCUGUGUCGGUACCAGGAGACGGGCUCCAUCCGUCCGGGGGCCAUCGGGGGGAGCAAGCCCAGGCAGGUGGCCACGCCGGACGUGGAGAAGCGCAUCGAGGAGUACAAGCGCGAGAACCCGGGUAUGUUCAGCUGGGAGAUCCGGGACAAGCUGCUCAAAGACGGGGUGUGUGACAGAAGCACCGUUCCCUCAGUGAGCUCCAUCAGUCGGGUUCUGAGAGCCCGCUUCGGCAAGAAAGACGAUGAAGAUGACUGUGAUAAAAAGGAUGAAGACGGGGAGAAGAAGACCAAGCACAGCAUCGACGGCAUCCUGGGCGACAAAGGAGGUCGCAUCGAUGACGGCUCGGAUGUGGAGUCGGAGCCAGACCUGCCCCUGAAGCGGAAGCAGCGUCGCAGCCGUACCACCUUCACGGCAGAGCAGCUGGAAGAGCUGGAGAAGGCUUUCGAGAGGACUCACUACCCAGACAUCUAUACUCGCGAGGAGCUAGCCCAGAGGACCAAGCUGACGGAGGCACGAGUGCAGGUGUGGUUCAGCAACCGACGGGCCCGGUGGCGCAAACAGGCGGGAGCCAAUCAGCUGGCAGCCUUCAACCACCUGUUACCCGGUGGGUUCCCGCCCACAGGAAUGCCAACCCUGCCGACGUACCAGCUUCCCGAGUCCACCUACCCCACCACCACACUCUCACAGGAUGGGAGCAGCACAGUCCACCGGCCUCAACCGCUGCCCCCGUCCACCAUGCACCAGGGUGGGCUCACGGGCGACAGCAGCUCCGCCUACGGUCUCUCCUCCAACCGCCACAGCUUCUCCAGCUACUCGGACACCUUCAUGAGCCCCUCGGCCUCCGGCAACCACAUGAAUCCCGUCAGCAACGGACUCUCCCCGCAGGUGAUGAGCAUCCUGAGUAACCCCAGUGCCGUGCCGCCCCAGAGCCAGCACGACUUCUCCAUCUCGCCCCUGCACGGCAGCCUGGAGACCUCCAGCCCCAUCUCAGCCAGCUGCAGCCAGCGCUCUGACCCCAUCAAGAGCGUGGACAGCCUGGCCUCCUCCCAGUCCUACUGCCCGCCCACCUACAGCACUACCAGCUACAGCGUGGACCCCGUCGCCGCCGGCUACCAGUACAGCCAGUACGGCCAGACUGCCGUCGAUUACCUGGCGAAGAACGUGAGCCUGUCGACACAGAGAAGGAUGAAGCUCGGCGACCACUCCGCAGUUCUGGGCCUGCUGCAGGUGGAGACGGGACAGGCCUACUGAUCCCGGCCUCGCCCCCUUUCCCCGGAAACUCCGCCCCAUUUACCAGCACUCCGCCCUCUCCGAACCCGGUUGCGGCGCAGCUGUCCGUCGGCAGAGCUGCGUGCUCCUGUGUGUGCUUGUAAGAUGCUGCGGGAGCCCUCGAGAGAAUGCGUCGAAAGGGCAACGAAAGGGGUUCGAACACAAACAGCAACAGCCAAAAGAGCCCUUCCAGAAGGAGCCGUGAUCGAGCCCGAAACUCCCCCGUCAUCAUGCUCUUCCACUGCCCUCGACUCGCGCUCCACCGCCGCCGCAAAGAGACUCAUUCAGGGCUCGAGUACAUCUGAGGAGCGCAAGCUGCCGUCGCGAGG